UCCGCCUACACUGAUCACCUGACGCACUCUCCUCUCACGGCGCGUGCGCGCUCUUCUCCGUAGCUAUCGGGAGCGCGCUUGGUGUUCGCCAGUCACGAGCGCGCAGCCGCGGCCUCUUCGCUAGUGCAAGUUCGGUACCUGCAGCCCGUGCUUCGUCGUGUCUGCCAUGGGCCUUCCUCUCCGGGAUCCUAGCCCCACCGUAUUGUGAGAGCCGGCCGCAAUGUUGUGUGAGAAACCGCAAAGCCGCCGCUGACAGACGCUGGGCCCGAGCCCUGACCCCCGGAGGAGAAGCCGCCGUCGCCAUGGCUGAGCAGAGCUAUGCGUGGGCAUAUUCCCUGGUGGACUCCAGUCAAGUCUCCACAUUCCUGAUUUCAAUCCUUCUUAUAGUCUAUGGCAGUUUCAGAUCUCUUAAUAUGGACUUUGAAAAUCAAGACAAGGAGAAGGACGGUAGUGGCUCUCCGGGAACGUUUAGUGGGAACAGCACUAAUAAUAGUAUCCAGACUAUUGACUCCACUCAGGCAUUGUUCCUUCCUAUUGGAGCCUCAGUGUCUCUUCUGGUUAUGUUUUUCUUCUUUGACUCUGUCCAGGUGGUGUUCACUAUUUGCACUGCAGUUCUUGCAACAAUAGCCUUUGCUUUUCUGUUGCUUCCUAUGUGCCAGUAUUUAACCAGACCCUGCUCUACUCAGAACAAGAUAUCAUUUGGGUGCUGUGGUCGUUUUACUGUUGCAGAACUCCUCUCGUUUUCGCUUUCUCUAUUGCUAGUUCUUAUUUGGGUGCUGACAGGUCACUGGCUGCUCAUGGAUGCCCUAGCCAUGGGACUCUGUGUUGCAAUGAUUGCCUUUGUGCGCCUGCCUAGCCUGAAGGUGUCCUGCCUGCUCCUUUCAGGGCUGCUUAUAUAUGAUGUUUUUUGGGUGUUCUUCUCUGCCUACAUAUUUAAUAGCAACGUGAUGGUCAAAGUGGCAACCCAGCCUGCUGACAAUCCUCUGGAUGUAUUAUCCAGGAAGCUUCACCUUGGUCCUAAUGUUGGAAGAGAUGUACCCCGAUUGUCGCUGCCAGGGAAACUGGUAUUCCCUAGUUCCACAGGGAGCCACUUCUCUAUGCUUGGGAUCGGAGACAUUGUGAUGCCAGGUCUACUUCUGUGCUUUGUUCUGCGUUAUGAUAAUUACAAAAAACAGGCAAUCGCUGACGCUUGUAGCGCAACAGGGGCUGCCAAUAUUUCUGGGCGAAUGCAGAAGGUCUCCUACUUUCAUUGCACGCUUAUUGGGUAUUUUGUGGGGCUGUUAACAGCAACGGUGGCUUCGCGCAUUCACAGAGCAGCCCAGCCUGCUUUGCUGUAUUUGGUUCCAUUUACUUUAUUACCGCUUCUCACUAUGGCCUAUUUAAAGGGUGACUUGAGGCGAAUGUGGUCAGAACCUUUCCACGUCAAGGCCACCAGCUCACGCUUCCUUGAGGUAUGAUGGGAGCAGAGGACAAGAGGAUUUCUUCACUUUGGCUUUCUGUACCGUGGAUAAACUUAAUGUUUAACAGACACAGCUACAACUGAAAGACCUCAAAUGAAUGGAAUUUGUGUAAAAUAAAAUAAAGAAACUUUUUCUGGUGAAUCGUCCACAUGAGCUCGUAAUCCCUCAAACAGGCCCUCGACAUCGGACUCAUUUCCUUUAGGAAGAGCGGACUAGAAUCAGGGUGGCAGUGGGAUCAUAAGGAAACCUGGAAUUGUUCAGACUGGCCUGCUUGCAGCUCAAAGUAGCAUGUGGUGGUAAAGGCCUGUGAGCUACGGACUAUGACAGCUUGUGGGACCAGACCCCAUGGGGAGCAGUGCAGCCCUCUUACCAGCUCUCCUUCCUGUUCUUGUUUUUUAGUUUAAUAUCUUCUGUGGUGUGAAGUGACUUUUUAGAUCUAAGCCAGUGUGUGAGUUAUUCGCUAUAUAUCCAUAGUCUAUUGUAUUUAAAUCCAUUUCUCCCGUUUCAUGUCGCAGAAGGCAAGCCAAAGAUGAGAUAAUAAUAAUUAUAUAUAUAAAUUAUUAUUUCUCAAAUUGUCUAUGGAUAGUUUUAAAUAAUCGCAGAACAAGGCCAUGUCAGGCCUGCUCUGUUCUGUCGCAUGUCCUGCACUUUCAUCUUUGGCUUUAUAUGACUAAUCCAUCCCAGCAAAGUGAAGCCUCAGUUCAAAUCCAAUGUAUUGUGUGCUCGUUCUGAUGUAUUCAUGGCCUGUUAAGUGACUGUAUUUGGUUCUGAUCAAUGUAGUGAUCUAGGGCAGUUGAAAUGUUCCGAAA